AUGUUUGGUACGAUUGCUUUCGAGAAGUUAAAAACGAACGUUGCAGGACCAUUUGGCACAAUAUGGUUAAACCAAUAUACAGUUCGGCUGACUCCAUUUCAAGUUAAAUAUGUUGAGGUAUUUCAAGAAGAACCAGUUGGCAUCGCCGAUUUAUUUCUGACACAGGAAUGUGGCCAGGACAAGACUAGAAAAAAAGGAGCUAAUGGACGCUGUAUUACCUUGACUGGUAAAAUAACCAAUUAUAAUACAACUAUAACAAAGCAUUUUCCAGUGGAUAUGCCUCUAUGCGGUUUUGAAGGAGAGAUGUGCGAUUAUACGGGAUCUAUGUUGAAAAUCUCUCUAAUGAUAACAGCAUUUUUUUUGAUAUCUUGCGCCUUUUUCGUUUAUCGGAAAUCAAAAAGUGGUGAAACAUCACAAAUGCCAUGGGCGAUCCCUUAUCAGCUCCUCAAAUUUGUUAAUAUCGAGGCAUCUUCGAUGAUGUCCGUGCAAAGUCUACAGCAGCAAAUGGAGUCAAAGAUAAAAUUGAAAGAUUUGUUGCGUUCACGAGAGUUUGCAAUGACCGAAUUUGGAGCAGUGAUUGUAGAGCCGUAUGCACUCAAAGCGGGGCUUUUUUUCGAUAAUUCCGAUGUAGCACUUCUUCAUCAGAUGAAACAACUGGUACAUGAUAAUAUCAAUCAAUUUGUUGGGAUAUGCUUAGACAAACGGACUGAAUUUUAUGCAAUUUGGAAUCACUGUUUUCGUGGGACAUUAGCUGACUUGAUGUUUUUUAAUGCUACUACUAGUGCAAAAAAUAAGUUAAGCAGUGAUAACGAGAUUGGUCCAGCAUUUCAAGAAAAUUUUAAGCGAGCAUUUGUUCGUGAUAUUAUUCGGGGUCUGGAAUUUUUGCAUUCCUCGACAAUUGGUUAUCAUGGUUCACUAACUCCGUCACAAUGCCUCAUCGACAGUCGCUGGAUCCUGAAACUCUCUGGAUUUGGUCUGUCGAAAUUACUGUAUAAAUGGAGAAUAAAGGGCUCUAUAAGUGCUAAAAACGGAAUGUGGUUAAUUUCAAAUUCAGAUUUACACUAUUAUUCGCCAGAAAUGCGUCGCUUCCUCAAAAAUAUGAGUAAGGGUUCGAUAACAUUCAACGCUAAGCAAGCACGGGCUGCUGAUAUAUAUGCAUUUGGAAUUAUAUUGUAUGAAAUUGUCUUUCACAGGAAGUUGAUCAUACUCGAUGAUAAUCAUUAUGAUAUCGAAACAGUGAAUGAAGAUACUUUAAGCAUUUUUUGUGAGUCAGUUGAAGCGCUUAUUCCGCCUUAUCCAUCUAUCCCGGGAAACAUUGAAGUACAUCCGGACCUGCUUGGGCUAAUGCACAAAUGCUGGUCUGGAAUUAUUGAUCAGCGUCCUGAAGCCACACUAGCACGCAAAAUUACUGAUGCUACAUUAAAAAUAUCGGGCAGUUUAGUCGAUCAGAUGAUCAAAAAUCUCGAGCAGUAUACGAACAAUUUGGAGAAAUUGGUGAAGGAACGGACGCAGCAAUUAGAAGAAGCGCAAGAGCACGCGGAACGUUUGCUUCUUGAACUAUUACCUAAAUCAGUGGCUGAUGAGCUGAAAGUAAGUCGUCGGGUCGAUCCGAAGAAUUACAAGUCAGCAACAGUGAUGUAUUCAGAUGUUGUCGGUUUCACAUCGCUUUGCAGUGAUAGUUUACCGAUGGAAGUGGUGACACUGUUGAGCGGUGUUUUUCAAAAGUUUGAUAUAAUUAUAUCGCAGCACCAAUGCUAUAAGGUGGAAACAAUUGGAGAUGCAUAUAUGGUGACAUCUGGAGUACCAAUUACUAGUCGACAUAACCACGUUCGAGAUAUUGCUUCUGUUGCAAUUAUAAUGAGAGAUUUCCUAUCCGAAUAUGAAAUACCGCAUAGACCAGGACAAAAGCUGCAUUGUCGUUGGGGUUUCAACACAGGGCCUGUGUUCGCUGGAGUUGUUGGUUUAAAUGCACCGAGAUACUGUGUUUUUGGCCAGACGGUGACAUUGGCAGCAAAAAUGGAAAAUAGUGGUUUGCCGGAUAAAAUCCAAAUCAGUUUGAAAAGUUAUCAACUUCUGACAGCUCGAUAUCCGGAAUUUAAAUGCUCACCGCGAGGAGGAGUUCGAAUUGAUGGAAUCGGCACAUUGCUCACUUAUUGGUUGGACGAUUGUGAAGAACUGCUGGCAUCGAGUCGCUCAGUGAUUGGAAGUGACCGUUAG